GUCAAACCUAAGCAAGCAAAAUGUAGUUUGCAAGAUUUGAGGAUAAUCUCGGAGGCUUAUAUAUAUAUAAGCAGAGAAAGUAGCAACUCAUUAUAUCUUACGUAGGUUGAUAAACAAACACAAAAACCAUGAGCUACUUUCAUGCCAACAACGUUCUUGUCAUGUUGUUUUUCCUCUCUUUAUUAUCAUUGCUUCAUAACAUUGUGACUGGAUUUUCAGUAUCAUCACAAGUUGAACAAUAUGAUCACUCUCUGUUGGAUUCAUUAUCUAGCAGAAAAGAAGUGGUGGAAAUUGCUGGUUAUGGAGAAGAGAAGCUAUCAACUGUUCUUAUUACUGGUUCACUUCAUUGUCAUCAUCAUCCACAUGCAUGGCCAAUACCAGGAGCUUUGGUUGCUGUCAACUGCCAAAGCCAUGGCAGUGAAAGAAAAGGAAAAUCAAUGGUGGCAAAAGGUGUAACUGAUGAGUAUGGAGAUUUUAUGGUGGACCUCCCAUCCUAUCUUCAUGCUAUUCCCAACUUGGAAAAAAUAUGCAGGGUUAAAGUUCAUAAAAUUCCAAAGGGAUCACUUUGCAGACCAACUCGUCAUGUAAAAAAACACAAUGGACUGUUUAAGCUCUCUUCCAUUGGGAAUGGCAUCCGCACCUAUGACACCGGAAACAUAAGGAUCCAGCAUUCAACUUCUGAGCCUCGGCGCGCAGCACCACGCAAAGACAUAGGGGAAAUUAAGGAGUAGGUUUGAAACCACUUCAUCAAUUACACCAUGACUCACUUGGAAGGCGCUUAAGUCGCAGUAUUGGGUUGCAUGGGUUUACAUUUCAUAAAGUACAUAAUACAAUUACAAUAUAGUGUAUACAACAGACAUUGCUUUGUAAGCUUCUGCAGUGGCUCAAAUUUGAGACCUGCUUGUGUGAGAUUGUUAAAUUUA